ACACAUACAUCAGAUGACCGCACAACGUGAUUGGGAAGUUUCUCAUGUGAUUACGAGUUGGUGUUUUCUUCGGGAGGUGGAAGAUGGCGGAGCGAGAACAGGGUAGACCUCUGCUGGAGGGAGAAGAUGAUUUUGAACCUUACCCUUCAAGUAGCAAAUACGACAUUUGUUCAGAGAAACAGCUGUCGGCGUGCUGUGACCCCAGCAGACUGCUGCACAGAAUUGUCGUGUUGAUAUUCAUGUGUUUUUUAGGGUUUGGUAGCUACUUCUGCUAUGACAAUCCAGCGGCACUGCAGACGCAGAUAGUGCAGGAUAUGGAUCUGAAUACGUCCAUGUUCAUGCAGUUGUAUGCAUGGUAUUCCUGGCCAAAUGUUGUGCUUUGCUUCCUUGGAGGGUUCUUGCUGGAUCGUGUUUUUGGUAUACGGUUGGGAACAAUCAUUUUCAGCCUGUUUGUCUGUGUUGGACAGGUAAUAUUCGCUGCUGGUGCUUUUUUUGAUGCCUUUUGGUUGAUGGAACUUGGGCGGUUUGUGUUUGGGAUAGGUGGAGAAUCCCUUGCUGUUGCACAAAACACAUAUGCUGUCAGUUGGUUUAAAGGGAAAGAACUGAACCUGGUGUUUGGUCUUCAACUUAGUAUGGCCAGACUGGGCAGCACAGUAAACAUGAAUAUCAUGGGGUGGAUCUACUUCAGUAUAAAAGGCUUGGUAGGCUCUCCAGGCCACAUAACACUUGGAAUAACUCUGCUGAUUGGUUGUGCAACAUGUAUUUUUUCUUUAAUCUGUGCGUUGCUUCUUGGAUACCUGGACAAAAGAGCAGAGAAGAUUCUAAACAAAAAACAGGGAGAGACUGGUGAAGUGAUCAAGCUGUCCGAUGUGAAGGAUUUCUCAAUAUCCCUCUGGCUGAUAUUCAUUAUCUGUGUUUGCUAUUAUGUAGCAGUUUUUCCAUUCAUUGGACUUGGACAGGUUUUCUUCAUCGAAAAGUUCAGCUUUUCUCCAGAACAAGCCAGAGCAAUUAACAGCAUUGUGUAUAUUAUCUCGGCUCCGGCGUCGCCUGUUCUGGGAUUCAUGGUGGAUAGAAUUGGGAAGAAUAUCAUCUGGGUUGUGUGUGCGGUUGUAACCACUCUUGCAGCACACAUGAUGUUGGCAUUUACCUUCUGGAACCCUUGGAUUGCAAUGAGCUUACUUGGAAUUUCCUACUCCUUGCUUGCCUGUGCACUCUGGCCAAUGGUGGCUUUUGUAGUUCCAGAACAUCAGCUGGGAACUGCCUAUGGCUUCAUGCAGUCAAUACAAAAUUUGGGUCUUGCAUUGAUUUCUAUAGCUGCUGGUUACAUAUUGGACGAUCGUGGUUACUUAUUUCUGGAGGUCUUCUUCAGUGCAUGUGUGUGCUUGGCGUUGAUAGCUGUGGUUAUGCUGUAUUUUGUUGAUCUUCUGAGAGGAGGGGACCUCAAUUUGUCAGCAAAGAAGAGAGGACAACUUCAGCCGGUUCCUGAUGCAGAAACUGAGCAAAGGGAGCGUCUCCUGCAACAGAAUAGGGAGGAUCAGGCUCGGCUGAGACCAAUGUCUGCGUUCAGAUUAAGAAACCGCUACCUUUCUAGACUUGGGGCACAGCUUCCAGACCAUUAUUGCAGCCACCUGUCUUCACUCUCAUACAGAAGUGUCCUAAAGUAGAAGCCUGGUAAAUUGUCUGCUCAUAAUGCCAGGAAAUAUGCGACUUGCAUUCAACCCUUCAACACCUUCAGACAAUGUGAUUUUCUUGUUAUGUAUACUGUUAAUUGGGAGUUAGUGCUAAUAUGUUUGUAUGUGUACCUACACUACCAAACCUUUGCAAAGUUUUAAUCAUGCCAGCUGUUACAGGUGCAUAUGGGAAGCACCAAAAGAUAUGUACUUUUGUUAUAAAAUUGAACUUUAUUAGUCCGCAAUAUAACAAGUAUCCAAAGAAACUACUUUUGGAAGGAGUAAUUAAAUUACUGAUUCAACUGACAUGACACACACACACCUUUUGAUGAAGUGAUGUUUUUUUUCUGUAUGAAAUAAAUGAAUGGAUAAAGGUUAAAAAUAUUUUAAAACUAAAUACUUUUUUUGCCUCAAAGUUUAACAAUUCGAUGCUCUUUAAUUGUUUGUUGCCGGACAGGAGAAAAAUAAAGAUACAUGUAAAGUAAUACAGAAUAAUAUCUUGAAUGCUGUCUUAAACAUGGCCAAUACAUUACAGCAGGUACGUUGUUUUACUUCAAACCUGCAGUGUAUGUAUAGGUUACACUAAAUUGCAAUGAGGACUAUGGUAUAUUUUAAAAAGUGUUCACAUCUAGAACAGAAUUAGUUUUUAUAGGUUUGUUGUAAAAGAGUUUUAGGAAGUCAUAUUUUAUACUCUUGGGAGAUCAGAUGAGAAUGUUCAGUUUACUUUGUAAAGUAUUUGACUUUUGCCCAUAAUGCACAUUUCAAUGCAGCUGGAACUGGAGGAUUCUGAAAAUGACAGCAACCUUGUGUAAAAUCUGCCUAAGUACCAUUCACCUUGUUAUACCUGGGUAUCUAAUAUGAUUGCAAUGGAACCUUUACCUUUUUCACACUGCCUAAAUAAUACACAGUACUGGGAUUGCCAUGUACUUAGGUAGUGUGAAGAGGGUAACGGUGUGCUUGUGUUUGUUGUUUUGUUUUACAUUGGCUGUGAUCACAUUAAAUAAAACAUGGUAAUAAAAUUGAAUACAAGCUUGUUCUAUUUUACAGUGCUGUGUAUUUAAAGUACACAAUGGGCUCUGUUGAAAUAAUGAAAUAGUGUUGGGGCUAAAUAAUCAUGGUACACAGAAUCAUGUUUCAUUUGAUUCAUCUAGAGAGCUGCAUCCUGAGCCUAGUUUGCAUGUGUAUCCUGUCAAAAGAAACAAGCGUACAAACUGAUAAAUACAAAUUACAAAAAAAAAAUAAAUAUUGCUAAAAGUUCUAAAGGCUUUGUGGUUCUAAGUCACUUCCCGUAGUGUAGUUUAAACUUCAUCUAAUGCUGUAGCUGAAAUCAAUGCAUGUAAUCUUCAGUACAAAUGAAUUGAUACCAGGAAGAAAUAGUAUG